CAACGGCCUUGCUUCUCAGCACAACAACGCUGCUUCGGUUCGCAGCUCCUCACCGACGCAGCGCCUCAGCCCGACGACAGCCACGUUCAGGCCAGGGAUGACGGCUCCUGCUCCCCAGCAAAGCGCUGGUCCAACCACAGUCGGAUGCAACUGGUCCAGCCACAGCCUCGCGCUGCUGUUUGUUCAGUUUGCUUUUGUGUUGUCGUUGUGCAGUUACAGGAUCAUUUAGGGAAGUGGGCAUUUCGUAUUCUAUUCUAUGUUUUUAAGCUUCUGGUUAUCCAAAAGAAUUUGCAUCUUAAACCGUGGUUUUCACGCAUGUCAGCAUUUCACAAACCCUAGUACUGGGGAUAUUGUUUUCAAAGCAAUUUGUAUUAAUCUCAAACACAGGAGAUGGAAUAUCUUGGAGCAAAUGUCACCCAGCCUCACUUCCUUGUUAGUGAGUCGUGUAAUUUGCCAGUUUCAAAACUCACCGCAGUUGGCUUUAGAAUUUUAUAAUUGGGUACUAGAGAAAAAGAGUGUUUUGCAAUCAGUGGAGUCUUGUUGCAAUGUAAUUCAUGUGCUGGUCAAGUUGAAGAAAUUUGAUGAUGCUUUGUCUCUUAUGAGGAACUUAAUGAGUAUAAAUGGGAGAUCCCAUUGGGAGGUUUUAGAUGCAUUGGUUAAAACUUAUCGAAUGUAUGAUUCAAGUCCGGCUGUUUUUGAUGCUUUGGUUCGGGCAUGUACUCAAAUUGGGGCCACUGAAAGUGCUUAUGAAGUGAUAAAGAAGCUGCAAUUGGAGGGUUAUUGGGUGACAAUUCAUGCUUGGAACAACUUUUUGAGUCAUCUCUUGAAGUUGAAUGAGAUUAGUAGGUUCUGGAAGGUGUACAAGGAAAUUGUUUCUAGUGGAUAUGUUGAAAAUAUAUAUACUUUCAAUUUGAUUAUUUAUGCUCUUUGUAAGGAAUCUAAACUGCUAGAAGCAAUGUCGAUAUUCUAUCAAAGCUUGAAGCAUAGUAUUUGGCCUAAUGUUGUUACUUUUAACAUGAUAAUUGAUGGUGCUUGCCAGAUGGGUGCCAUGGAUCUUGCCUUGAAGCUCAUUAGCAAGAUGGAAGUCAUGUCAGGGGGAACGGUUAAGCCCGACUGUGUAACUUAUAAUUGUCUCAUCAAUGGAUUUUGCAAAACUGGCAAAGCGUCUAUGGCUGAAAAAUUUAAAAAUGAAAUGAUGGAUAAUGAUAUUGAGCCUAAUUUGAGGACCUAUGCAACCCUAGUAGAUGGAUAUUCCAGAGUGGGGAGUUUGGAGGAGGCAUUUAGAUUAUGUGAUGAAAUGCUGAAAAAGGGGUUAUUACCCAAUUCUAUCAUAUACAAUUCCAUUAUCCAGUGGCAUUACAUUGAAGGAGAUGUGGAAGGAGCCUCUUUGCUAUUAUCUGACAUGAUUGAUAAGCGGAUACACCCUGAUCAAGUCACAUAUUCUAUUCUCACAUUGGGUCUUUGCAGAAAUGGUUAUGUCAAUGAAGCAUUUAAAUUCCAUAAUAAGCUUCUUGCAGAGAACCUCAUUGGAGAUUCAUUUUCAUACAACAUUCUUAUCAAUUACUUGUGUAGAAGCAAUAAUUUAGCAGGAGCUAAGCAACUUCUGGCAAGUAUGUAUGUUCGUGGCUUCGUUCCUGACGUUGUUACAUUUGGUACUUUGAUAGAUUGGCAUUGUAAGGAGCGCAGCAUUGAAACUGCAGUUCAGGUCUAUGAGAAAAUGAUGAAGGCAGGGGAAAAACCUAAUUUGUUAAUAUACAAUUCUGUCAUAAAUGGUUUAUGCAAGAAGGAAUCUCUGGAUCUUGCAGGAGUUCUGAAAGAUACAUUACAGAGGAUGGAUAUAUUUGAUGUCAUAACUUAUAAUACCUUGAUAAAUGGAUAUUGCAAAAGUGGGAAGAUUGAUGAGGCAUUCGCUCUGUCUUCAGAAAUGAGAAAUGUAGGAAUUUUGGCAAACCAUGUCACCUAUAACACACUGAUAAACUUUUUGUGCAAGCUUGGUUGUGUUCAACAAGCGAAGGAACUAAUGAAGAUGAUGAUCCUUUGGGGUUUGGUUCCCAAUUCCAUAACAUACACAACUCUUAUUAACAGUUGCAACAAGAACUGCAGCCCGGAGGAAGUAAUUGAAUUGCAUGAUUAUAUGGUGCUUAAGGGAGUAGUGCCUGAUAAACAGACGUACAGGGCCAUAGUGAGUCCACUUCUUCAAGAAGAUGGUGUGGAGACCUGAGUUUAACAUUUUCAGAAUGCAUCUUGAAGGUGGACGGAGUGCAAACAAGACUCCCCUGUAAGUGCUAAAGUCUAUAUUGUCAAUUGUUUUAAGUUUUCUGAUGGAAGAUCUGUUCAUGCAGUCUACCAUUAAAUAUUUAUGUCUCUGAAUUUCCAGAGGAAGCUUGGGUUGCACAUUCUUCACAUAAUAAUUGUGCUUACCAUUCUUUGACUUGUGAUGAGCCACUAUCACACUUGAUAUAUGCGGUGCUGAUGUCAUUCUAGUCCCAUCAUGUUUUGAGCCUUAUGGACUGACCCAAGUUAAAGCUAUGAAAUAUGGUUCGACUUUGAUACCUGUUGUUCAAAACGCUGGAGGAUUUAUGACACUGUUUGGUGUUGACCAUGGUAAAAGAGAGAUCAGAAGCACAUGGUCUUGAGCCAAAUGGAUUUAAUUUUGAUGGAGAUUGCUGCUGGCGUUGAUUAUGCUCUAAGCAGGGGAACAGAGGCUGGCUUUGGUUAUUUUAGUGGAUAAAUUUUAUCUUCUUUGUGAAUUAGCAGCUUCCAAUUUGCCAUUAUAUUGGUUCCCUUCUUCCAUUUAAGUAGAGUAUGAUAUGAGAUAUUGAGAAAGAACGCCUUCAGUACACAAUCAACCCAGUAAAAAUAUUUAGUCGUUUUUGCAAUAUCAUUGGACAAUAGGGAUGGUUUUACAAAGGCUGAAUGGAAGAUCGGUACAGGUUGAGGAAUGAUGCAAUUAGCUUUGUCAACUGUGGGUGAUAUGAAAAAUUAGUCAGUGUUUUGGUUUAGAGCUGGGCCAUUUUCGGCUAUAUUAGCGGUUGUAGUAGCUGUGAGCCAUUAUAGUGAUGAGAUAAUUGUUUUAUAGUAAUGGGAUAAUUAUUCGGGUAGUGUUUAAUCAAAUAUUAUAAGGAGUAGCUUUUCAUAAAUCACUCCUUCAAUCCUUAGAUUACUAUUUAUAAUAGUGUUAAUAGUGUUUUGAUUCGAUCAAAACACUAAAUACUACUUUGAAAAU